GCUCACUGCACUAAGAAAAAUGGGAAUUUGAUAAGGACAAACACACUGUAAUUGGUGUUUUUUUUGGGGGUACUUUUUAUGGGUCACUUACCCUCCCUCCCAGGACCAUCACUCGAACUCUUUCCUAAAAAUGGUCUUUAGUCGGAAUACUAAUACCCCCACUUGACUCUUUACUAAACAGUAAGAGUUCCCCCAAUAAUUUAUUUUUUCAGUUUUAGUCUAAAGAUAAAGAGAAAAGGCUUCUACUUGAUGCAUUUUGAUUCAAAAGCUCUACCUUUUUCAAAUCAUUUUUACUCCUUUGUCUUUUAUUUACCCUCACUUUCUUCUUCUUUUUCUUGCAUUUCGGAUUUCUCUUUCAAAACCCUAGGUUUUCAAAUCUAGGGUUUUAUUUUUCUUGAUGAAUUCAUGGUCCUGAAUGCUAAAAUUUCUUAAAAGCUUCUACUUUGUUUGGGUUUUUGAGCUUUUCAUAGUUCUUGUUGUGCACUUGUUUGUCUGGGUUUCGGCUGAAACUUCUUUGGGUGCUUUAAAUUUCAUUUAUUUAUAAGGAAACCCUGAAACACCGUCUUUGAAAAUCUUUAUGUUUGCUCCGUAAGAUUUCUGGUUAAAAACAGGAUUCCUUUGAAGCAGAGAAUUCAAAUUCUCUAGUUGUUUAAGUUGAGGCUAUGGUAAAACCAUUUUCUCAAAAACCACUACUUUGUUUUUUGCAAGUUUGAAUCAGUUUAAUUUUGGGGUUAAAAGGCUUUAAAUAAACCGAAAUUUUUGGUCCCAAACAAAUUUUAAAAAAUCAGUCUCUCUUCUGAAACAGUGAUUAAUUAAGUAGUAAAUGCAUGGAUGGGAGGGAAGCUAUAGCAUUAUCAGGGGGGUCAGCUCCUUAUUAUAUUCAUAGAGGAGUUAGUGGGCCUAGUUUAUCUGCAUUUUAUUCUCAACCAGGUUUCAGGCCCUCAUCUAACCCCCAGGUUCAGCCUCAGUCGAACAUUGGAUCAACGGUUACAGGGGAGCCUAAAAAUGUCAGUUUUCCUCCUGGCAUUGACAUGGGGCUGCCCUCUGGGGUGCCAACCGUUAAGAAAAAGAGAGGGAGGCCCCGGAAGUAUGCUCCUGAUGGCCAGGUUUCACUGGGGCUUUUGCCUUUGCCCUCUAAGCCUAAGUCUUCAUCAGGGUCAGAUGCUUCUGGUCACAAAAGAAAGAAAGGACGUCCUCCUGGGACUGGAAGGAAGCAGCAAUUAGCAACUCUAGGCGAAUGGAUGAACAGUUCAGCCGGACAGGCCUUUGCUCCUCAUGUUGUUACUGUUGGAAUUGGAGAAGAUAUUGUAGAGAAAAUGUUGUCCUUUUCACAACAAAGGCCAAGAGCUGUCUGCAUUUUAUCUGGCAGUGGUACAGUUUCCUCUGUAACUCUACGUCAACCUGCAUCUUCUACGCCUACGAUGACAUAUGAGGGUCGUUUCGAGAUAUUAUGCUUGUCUGGUUCUUACUUGCUUCCCGAGGAUGGCAGACCUCGUAGUCGAACAGGAGGCAUAAGUGCUUCUCUUUCUACCCCUGAUGGUCAUGUCAUAGGUGGCGGGGUUGCAACAUUGAUUGCAUCAAGCCCAGUUCAGCUGGUGGUGUGCAGUUUUGUUUAUGGGAGAUCUAAAACUAAGGGCAAAGAACUGGCUAGUCCAAAAGGAAAGGAUUCCGUGCCCCAAUUCUGCAAUGAAACAACUAUGCCAACAAGUGCACCUUCGACUCAACAUUUCACUCCCCCUCCUAUGAGUGCUUGGCCUGGUUCACGGCCUGUUGCUCUGAGAAGUCCUCCCCGAGAUAUUGACCUGAUGCGAGGAUGAUCACUACAUUCUAGUACAUUCAUGUUGUACAUCUACAGAAUCUGAGAUGAAAAGUUUAAGAUCUUCCCAAAUCACCCCUAUAGGGGCGAUAGAUUUCUGCUAACUUAGAUUGUAUCAAAGCCAGCUGUGUCUCUAGCUUUGGGUGGAGGUAGGGCUAAGGGGUUCAUUGUUUGUUCAACUGCGAAAUCCAACCAUUAUUAUUUGCCUUAUGCAGCAUUUCAAGUUUAGAUGAACAA